CGAGACACCACUAGCACAACUCAAAAACAACUCCAGCACACCUACAAGAGACAAAACAAACAGAAACAAAAACAAACAGAGCCCUUCCUCGUCGCACGACCUAGCCCAACCAGCAGUGAAGCGAUCGAGACAAGAAGAAGUCGAGGUCCAGAAGUCGCUACCGAAACUGCAGAAGGCCUAUACAAUAGCUUUAACUGAACCCCAAAUCCUUCCCCGAAUCGACCCGUCAUUGACCAAGAUACCCACAAUCAACCCCCACACUGUCACAUCGCUUACUUGGAAUGCCCCUGGUCUGGCUAAUAGAAAAACCUUUGCUCAUGUUAAAUCUCUCAUCCGUGAGCAUAACCUUGACUUUGCAGCCUUUUUAGAACCCAUGACUCAUGACCCCUCCUUUGACGUAUACUCGCGCCGCUUUGGCUUUCAUGCCGGGAUGGGCAAUACCUCAAACAAGAUUUGGUUUUUCCACUCGCGUGACUUUACUUGUCAGAUCCUUCGAGAUACUGAUAAGGUCUUGCACGUAAAGGUCACUGCCGCCCACCUUCCGGAACCGAUCUUCCACACCUUGGUUUACGCCAGCUAUGCGAGGGUUGGUC